GUGGUUUUGAACCAAAAUUUUAGUGACGUCAGUUGCCCGCACUUUUGUUGUUAGAAAACUUCUAAAAAGUUAGAAAACAUGUCUGACAAUGCUAAUAACAGCUCAUCUAAUAAUGCUUCACCGAGGACGAACGCUGUUGGAAGAAGUUUGUCAACUAAAAGAGAAGAUUAUUUAGAAUGGAGUGAUUACUUUAUGGCUAUAGCAUUCUUGUCAGCACAGAGAAGUAAGGACCCACGGACACAGGUUGGUGCCUGUAUUGUGAAUGAAGAGAAAAAGAUUGUGGGUAUAGGGUACAACGGUAUGCCGAACAAGUGUUCCGAUGACAACAUGCCGUGGGGACGUGAGGCAGACAAUAUACUGGAAACUAAACAACUCUAUGUUUGUCAUGCAGAACUGAAUGCUGUUCUCAAUAAGAACUCUGCCGAUGUGAAGAACUGUUCUAUAUAUGUAGCAUUGUUCCCAUGUAAUGAGUGCGCAAAGGUUGUGAUACAGUCGGGCAUCAAGGAAGUGAUCUAUUACUCGGACAAAUAUCAUGAAAGACCGGAGUUUCGAGCAUCAAAGAGAAUGUUCGAUAUGGCAGGUGUAAAAUACAGGCAAUAUCGACCAGCGCAGAAACAGAUAGUGAUAGAUUUUACAACCAUAGACGAGAUGUCAAAUGGCGUGAUCGCAGACAUGGACUCGCUUAGUCUCAGCCCGAAGUCUGAGAACUCUGUGCCAGACUCUACUAGCUGAUCUGAUAUAAUGUUAGAAUAUGCAAGAAAUAUUUUUCAAAUUUUGUUAAGUAGUUAACUUUAUAAACUUCAUUACUAAGCCAUAUAGAGAUUAUUCUGUACUGUAAGAUUUAAAAAAAAAAAACAGACAUAAAAAUAUUAUUUGAAGUGUUAAAAUAAAUGUAACUAGGGUAAAGACAUGAGUAAGGGUGAGUUUGUUACUAUAGUUUGAUUAUGACGGCAAGUGCCUUAUUGUAGCCUCAAUGGCUUAAUUUGUAACAAAAACUUACAAGUGCUAUUUUGAUCACUUUUCAUAAAAAUCAGCAUUGACCUGGAGUUGUCCAGCUUUAAUUUUUUGGUGCUAAAAUUUGUAAAUAUCUUCUGAUGUUAAAUUAUAGCUGUCCUUUGAUAAGUGUGAUCUCAAAGCUGAUACAGCUAUGUGUUUCUUUUUACACUUACGGGCAUUUGACAUUGCAAAGUUAAGUUAAAUUAUAUAAAUUAAUUUUUUUUCCUUGCAACAUUCCAUACUCAGUUUAAAGUGGCCUUGAUUUAUAUUAAAAUUACAAAGUAUAAUAUUAAUAUUUAUUAUUAUCAAGUUAAAAUAUUGAUUAUUGACCUUGGAUAACAUACUACUCCUGUUAAAAUUUGAUUUUCGAGUGCAUUGUCUUGACUGCCUUGGGAUUUUUGAUUUAAUAGGCCCAUCCAUGUAUCUAUAUCAUUAACUAUAAAUAGUUUACAUAGGGAUGAAUGUAUGUUACUUUUGGUUUUGUGGUCACAACUGCAAAGGGUAGCAACUCUGCACAAAUCACCUGCAUAAUGGGUAGCAACUCUUACAUCUGUGCAAUACUGAACUUUUAUUCGUAAAUUAAGGAAAAUAAACUUACACAUGUACUUAAGUUGGUCUUUCUGUAGUAAUACUUUAUCAAGCUUAUGAAUGUCUUGACGUCACUUGGUGCAUUAUAUAUAAAUAUGUAUGUUAUUGUUAAGCCUGCUGGAAGCAACUGAUUGUACCCAUGAUUUCAGUGCAGAUCAAGAUCAGCUGGUAGAUCUAUGUCCUCUGAUUUGCACUGGUCGCUUCUCAGUUAGUACUUAUUUAGAAUUCAUCUCUACAAAUAAGAAAUGAUUUUGUCCAGAAUGAAAAAUGGAAAAGUCCAUUUAAGAUAUAAUUCUGUGUACUCUUAAAGGUAAUAUACUGACUAUAGCUCUUCUGCCUGCAGUAGUGUCUUUGAAUUUUUAGUGAACAUCAUAAAAAAAGACAACAUCUUAGUUAAGUUAGAAAACAGCCCCAAGCCCAUUUAAAAUGGCGGUGAUUUCAUUUUUUGCAUUAAAUAUGUGGAUACAUAGUCAUCAAUAAUAUCCAUUGUAAUUAUAUGUACAAGUGAACUAGUUUUUGCAUAAUAUCCAUAUGGCCCUAUUUAAAUCAAUAAUAUUGUUUAAAUUCAGAGUCCGUAAACCUAACCACUACUGAGGCCCUCCAGAACUGUUUCGGAGGCCUCAGUAGUGGUAAAGUUUGCUGACUCUGAACCACAUUGCCCUCAUUGCUUUAGUUAAAACUGGCAAAGACUUUGCAUUCUUUCUUGAUAGGCACUUGUCAACUUUGCAUACAGAGAUCAGAGGUUCUAAUUGGGUUCCCAUGGCUAGUAUAAUUGACGACAUAACUGUUAAAGUGUCAAAGUGACGUGAAAUCAGUCCAAAACUACAAAAAUUAUGGGGUUUUUUGGCGUACAUUAACAAUAAAACUCGUAAAUAACAUUGGAUAAGUUUUUAUUUUUUCCUUUUGAAUGAUAACAAUAACAACAACGAUAAUUUAUUAUGUUAAUCUCAAAAUAAAUGCACAAAUAUUGCUUUAUACUUCAAGUGUACAUAUAAAAUAAUUAUUUAUGAAUAUAUAAAUUUACUUUUA